AUGGACACGCGACGCUCGGCCGUGAAGCCAGCCAUAGCGGACACAGAUCCGGAAUAUCCCUCUCUCGCGCAAAUUUUGAGAGCAGAUAGGUGGGGUCGACCCUUUUAUGGCCUACCUCCCGUCGCAAGCGGGGCUGCUCCUUCAGACAAACCAGCCGGAGAAGCCGGCCGGCCUCCGUCGAAGCAAAGCCCAGAGCCCGAGAGCGAAUAUUGCGACCUCGCCCGUCUGGCUCUGUUCAACGCACGUAUCCCAAUCAACACACUCCCCGUCGAGCUGCUUGCUAUGAUCUUCGAAAUGGAGCUGAAAGCCGAAAUAUACCCCGGAAUCUUCGAGACUGACUGUCCACGGCUCGACUACCUGCUGGUCUGCCGCCACUGGUUUGCUGUUGCCGCCACCGCCCCAAGGCUAUGGACUCGUGUGUACGCGGGGCCAAGUCUGAAUUAUGUCCGCACCUGUCUCGCACGCUCAAAGGCUGUCAAGAUCGACAUCUCUGGCGGCGAUUAUCCCUGGUUGAAUGUUCCCCGCGGGGUCUUGCACCUCAUCACCCCGCAUCUCCACAGAAUCCGAAAGCUCGAGUUAGGGGGCAUUCCGCCAGGGGAUGCUGCCCAUCUCAACACGCUCCUUCAGAAUACGUUGCCAGCACUGGAAGUGUUGGGCUUUGGGCUCUCGUACAAGGCAGCCGAUUCAAUCGCACAGGCGAUAGAGCUUUCCCCCGAACGCUUGCCGAAGCUGGUCCAUGUCUGGGUUCACGGCAUCCGCCUGGUGCCUACCGCGGCUCUUCGUCGCCUGAAGGUCCUACGGAUCACCGAUUGGCCCGGUCCGAGCCCCGCGAUGACUCUGGACAUGCUCACUGCUUUGCUGCAGGAACUCGUCGCCGUAGAGGGGCUUGGAAUCUAUAACGUGCCAUGCCGCGAUGCUGCGACCCCGCCCCGCCACUCGUGCACUUCACCAACGGCUCUUUCGAACCUCAGGCACCUCGAUUUGUUCAACACAGAUCUGCGAGUCACAAGACACAUCCUUUCCGUGAUCUCUGUUCCCCUGUCCGCAGUUGUGCAGAUUAUUGGCCAGACGGACCUAACGGCUGCACCGGACGCAGUCGAGGCCGCCGUUCUACAAGGAACCCGUAUCGUCAUCCCCGCCGAUACAUCCAGUCUGCCGAUGCUCUCCCGCGCUACACAUGCGUCUAUCGUGAUAGGCGGUUGCAAUCAUCUUGUGUUUUUGUCAACGAGCUGGCCGCGGGCACACAGGGAGGAAGGAAGCCUCUAUUUCUACAUGGCGGCCCCUUUCGACUACUGCGGAACGAACCCCUCAUUCGCCGACUUCGUGGGCAUCUGCGGCCGCGCGGCCCUCGAAGCUCUGCACAUCGAAACGGAGACAGACUUAUGCCCGCACCUCAGGUGGCGUGACGCGCUCGCGUACUUCAAUGGUACGCUGCGCGAGCUCACCGUCCGCGGAACCCAGGCCGAGCCGGGCGCUGCGUAUCUCUUUGCUGCCUUGGACCCGGACACCGCGCCCGUCGGCACGCGCGCGGCGGAGGCUGUGGUGGUCCCACAUCUCCGGAAGCUUCGCGUGGCGGGUUUCGCGGCGCAUGAUGAGACGCUGCUUCCCGCGGUGCUCGAGUGCUUGGAGCAGCGGCGGGACGUGCUAGGUCGACCCUUGGCGCUGGAGACGCUGGAGUUCCAACUCGAGGCGUUCGGAACGCGGGAGUUCUUCGAGGAGCAACGGGUGCUGUACAUGGACACGCUGUCGGAGUACGUGGAGGUCCUCUCGUAUGACUUCGAGCUAGAGUCGGAUCAACCACUCUUGUAUUAA